ACAUGGCGGCUCCCUUCGAUAAAAUUUACAGGAUGUACCGUCACUAAAUUCAUGGCCUGCUUCUACAGAGAAGCAAUGAAACCGUUUUUUACAGCUAAGAAAGAAAGGCUGAGCAGUGCAACAUGGCUUCCCUCGAGCAGGAACGUCAUAGGGAUGCUGAGUUCGGCAUCGCAUUGCCAUCGGAACUGUGGUUGGCCAUUUUCAAGAAAUUUCACCCCGUACACGACGACCUUUUUACGAUAAGUUUAGUUUGCAAGAAGUGGCGAGAUCUCAUCUAUACAAAUCCCGAUCCUACGCUUUGGGAGGACAUCACCCUAAUAAAUCUCAGAAACUGCAGCUACGAGAAUGCUACUUUUGUCAGAUUCAAAAAUAUCCUCAGAAGAUUUUGCCGUCAUAUCAAGCUUGUGCGGCUUCAAAAAUGCCACGAACUGUUCACAGAAAUCCUACUCAUUUAUGCAUCUUCCCUAACAGUUUUGAAUACUCUUGAAAUAACUGGAAUGUCAUGGUCAAAGAAACUACUUCGAAUGUUGAGAUGCCCCAAAUCACUGAAGACUGUGUUCCUAGAAGCUUCGUUGAUAUCAGAAGGAAUUUUUAAUCAAGAUGAUUUACAGUACAUUGUCGAAGGUUUUCCCCAAGUGAAAAGCUUUGGUUUGCAGUAUUCAGUUAUCAAACCAGAUUCUGUCACUGCAGUUAAAGGCGUUGUGUCUUCCAAGUACCGCCACCACGUAACAUGUUUGUUGCUAGAGAGAGUGAGAAUGGAGUCUUCUGAUCUCAAAGACAUUGUUAAGAAUCUGAAAGGGCUAAGGAAAUUUGGCUAUGGGAAUGACCAAAUUCAUGGUUUGCCAUCCAUUCAGCUGCUUCAAUUGAACUCUAAAUCAUUACUGGAAGUGGAGCUCUUCCAAGUUGGAGACUUUGCCAAGUUCCACUUUACAUUUCCUCAUGCAAAAAAGCUUAGCUUGAAUGGUUGUACCUCUGUGGGUGAACUGAGUAUUGAAGCAUCUGCAUUAAGGACUUUGCGUCUAUCGCUCUGUGUUGAGGUGCGCAACUUUAGGAGAAUCUCUGCAAGCUCCUUACGUGAGUUGACAGUUCGAAGAUGCAAUGCUCUUAUUCCAGCUGAACUCAUUAGCCUUUUGGUUAGAAAUCCAGAUAUCAAGUUACUAGAGCUUGAGGUGUACUGGUCAAGUUUAAGACUUGAUCAGCAUGCAACUCCAUCACUGGAAAAUGUUGCAAUAUUUGACAAUGGUGAGCGUUUGACUGCAGUUGACAUUCGCUGUCCUAAACUGCAGGAGUUGCUCAUCAAGAAGUCGAUGACUAGAUCCACCAUCUUGAAAGUGGUGUCAGUCUUGUCACAGAAUGUCAAGAAGGUUGUUCUUAAUGAUGUGCCUUAUCUUCGGAAAGUCAGCAUUGAUGCUGAGGAGGUCAAAUACCUGGAGGUGAAUUUUGAAAGGAGGUUAGAUCUCGUCAAGCCAGCUGAAUUUACUAAGCUGAAUUUUAGAAACAGGUCACGCCCUGUGAAAAUUGGCCAUCUUGUUUUAAAACGGUGCAAUCUCAAUGCACUAGCUUUUACCAGUUGUAACAUUCAGCACAUGUCCUUGGAAUAUUGCAACCUUGAUUGUCCCUUACGUGACAUAAUCCAGCAGUGUGGCCUUGUCAAGACUCUGACCUUGAGGAACUGUUAUGGCCCAUGCCAGCUCAAUCUGAGUAGUGCGCACCUCAAGGAAGUUCACAUUGUCUCCUGCACAUCACUGCUAAUGGACCACAUCAAUUUAGCUUGCCCAUCUCUUGAAGUGCUCGAUGUUUCUGGACUCUCUUUUUUACCAAGUGAGGAAGAAGUGGACGUCAUUGCUAGUAAUGUCAGAGAGCUGUCUCCAUUUCUUGGAUCUGUUAAGUUUUCUUGUUAGAAGGCAAUACAUAUCAUAGAAAUUGAUCUGGUUAUAGAUAUUUAGUGGUGUUUAAUAAUACUGCAUUGUUAUUUAUAAUGGAAUAUAAUAUUGGAUGCAUUGUGCAUUUAUAUCAAUCUCCAAAAAAGCUGAUUAAAACUUCUAAAACUUAAGUAUAUUUUAAAUCUGCUUUUCCUAUGAGUCAGUAAAAAAAGGAUUGUUAUUUAUAAUAAUGGAAUAUAAUACUGCAUGUGUUGUGCAUUUAUAUCAGUCUUCAAAAAGCUGAUUCAAACUUCCUAAGCUUUAAUGUGUUUUCAAAAAGCUUUCCUUAUGAGUCAAUAAAAAAGUGGACAUCAGUGCAAUUGUCCACACAGCCAGAGCAACU